CAGGGUCCGGGGAGACCAGAUAUAGUGAAUGCAGGGUCCGGGGAGACCAGAUAUAGUGAAUGCAGGGUCCGGGGAGACCAGAUAUAGUGAAUGCAGGGGUCCGGGGAGACCAGAUAUAGUGAAUGCAGGGUCCGGGGAGACCAGAUAUAGUAAAUGCAGGGUCCGGGGAGACCAGAUAUAGUGAAUGCAGGGUCCGGGGAGACCAGAUAUAGUGAAUGCAGGGUCCAGGGAGACCAGAUAUAGUAAAUGCAGGGGUCGGGGAGACCAGAUAUAGUGAAUGCAGGGUCCGGGGAGACCAGAUAU